AUGGGGAAAAGUAAUAAAUAUAAUACACGGAUUCAUUCAAAAUGCAGUUUAGCUACUACUUUGCAUCAGAACACUUUGCAUCAAAAACCGAUAAACAGCUGUAUUCAUCAAGAAGUAUCAAUUGAUUUUGAUAAAAUAUGCAGAAGUUUACGUUUUGAAAGAAAAGAAAAAAUAUGUUCUAUGUGUCGUAAAGACCGAUCUAAAAAGAAUGUUAAUAACAUUUCUCUUUGUUUGCAUUGUGGUGGAGUUUUUUGCAUUAGUUUUGGAAGGAGUCAUGCUUUUGAACACACUCUUCAAGAGUCUAUGCAUUGUCUCUUUAUUAGUAUUGAAAAUGCGGUUAUUUGGUGUCUUUCUUGUAAAAACAUAUUAUCUCCUCAGGAAAGCAUGAUUUUGGGAAUGAAAGAAGUACAAAAACUUGUUCAACGGAAAUUUUGUAUUUAUCAGAAAGUGAAAAAUGAAAAAAAAAUUACAAAAGAUAAUCGUUGCUCUUUAGAAUAUAAGUCUUUGGUUCCUGGUCUUCAAAAUCUAGGAAAUACAUGUUACUUUAAUUCGGUAAUGCAAGUUUUGGCAGCGAGUCUUCCGCUUCAUGAUAUUGUUUCUCCUACACCACUUUUUAAUCGUUUUUGUAUACAAAUAAAGGGUACUGGAUCAUUAAUUACUGCAUUUGUUGAAUACCUUAAUGCAGUAUAUUCUUGUACAUCUGAAAAUACAAUAUUUAAACCGCAAAAGCUUUUUAGUCAAAUUCAGAAGAAGCAUAAGCAGUUCACACCUUCUAAACAACAGGAUGCUCAUGAACUAUUGCGUUAUUUUCUUGAUUCUUUAAAUAUGGAAGAAACUUCUAAUACUUCUAAUAGAAAUACGUUUGAAAAGCUGUCCAAGUCUAAACAGAAAACGUUUGAAAAGAAUGAUGUAUCUCUUAUAAGUGACAUUAAAGUUGAAAAUCUUAAUGGGAACAAUAAUGAUACUCAAAAUAAAAAUAUUACAUUUAUUGAUAAACUUUUUGGAGGAAGACUAGCAAGUAUUGUUAUUUGUAACACAUGCAAAUCGGUUUCUACAUCGUACGAAAAAUUUCAAGAUAUAUCAUUAUCAAUAAAAACUCAUAAUGCUACUGAUAUUGCAUGUGAUACAAAAGUUAAUAGUAAACGCAUUGGUUCUAAAAAAACUCGGAAAAAAAAGGGUUCAUCAGACAAUUUGCUAUUCAAUUGUUCAAAAACAUCUUGUUCUCAUUUGAAUGGUUGUUCUGAAAGUGUAUCUGAUGAUGAAUCGUCAACACCAACAACGGGUUCAGAAAAUAUGUCAAAAACAUGUCUUCAUUUUAAAGAAUUGUCUGUUGAUUCUUUUGAAAAAGAUGGACUAAGCUCCUGUAAAAAUGCCUCUAUAGCAUCUGAGAUUACAACUAAGACCGAAUCUGAAUAUAUUGAUCUUUUACUUUUUGAGAGAAAUAAUAUUGAUGAGGAAAAAAAGGAUUCUUGGAAUUUAGAAGACAGUUUGAGGCAAUUCACGAGUGUUGAAAUUUUGGAAAAUGAAAAUGGCUAUGCAUGUGAAGAAUGUGCAAAACGUCUUCGUUCUACUGCAAAAAAAUGUAUUUAUAAGCCUUCUCAGGCUCUUCGGCGUAGCUUUCGGCUGUCUAAUACUAAAUCUUCUAAAUCUCAUAUAGAUUCUUUUUUAACUAAUGGUUCUUCUGAAUUAUUUCUUUCAUCUAGUUCUUUUUCCGAUCUUUGUUCUCAACCAUCUGAAUCCCAUCUUCCUGUUUUGCAUAUUUCUAGUCAUGAACAUCAACAUUCUUUUUGUAUGUCUCCUGGUGUUUGUUCAACUAAUACUCCGUCUUAUCUUGAUUAUGAAUAUUCUUCCUCUGACAGCUCCAAACCAAGAUCUGUUCUUUCUUCUGCAUUUAGGCGUUUUUUGAUUGACUUGCCAUUACCACCGAUUCUGAUUUUACAUCUUAAGCGUUUUCAACAAUUAAUUGGUCGUCUUCGGUCUUCUUUUAAGAAAAUUGAUACUUUUGUUGAUUUUCCAGAAACUCUUGAUUUAACUGAUUAUGUAACACCUCGUCUGCGAUCUGGACCUGGUUUGUUAUAUAUGUUAACAGGUGUCAUUGUUCAUAUAGGAACUCUUACUCAUGGACAUUAUGCAUCGUAUAUUUUAACACAUAAAAUUCGGCCAUUGAAUGAGCCAUUAUCAACAACUUUGAUUGAUUCUAAUCUCUCCGAUUCUUUAAGUUCUAUUAAAACUUCUCAAACUCCUCUUCGACAAUGGGUUUUUGCUAAUGAUACAUUAACUCGUCCUGCAACAUGGGAUGAGGUGCGUCGAUCUGUUGGAUACCUUUUUGUAUACGAACAAAUUUAUGAUGUUUCGUAA